AUGGAUUUCAGAAAUUCCUUCAAAUCACACAGCUCGUAUAAACAGAUUCGAAGCCACGGAGAGGCAAGCCCUGAGCACCGUCCGAUUCUCCACGAUCACGCCAUGGACCAAUCCAAAACAGAGAGCUCUCGUUCUAGCCUCGACGAUGGCCGAAACGCACCAGUGGAACGCGAUUCAAGCUACAAGUUCUGGCAAGAAAACGCCGAUCACACCACCGCUGCUCCUCGAACAAGCGUUAAAGAUCCGAUCGCUAUUAACCGGAAAAGCGGAAGAUUAAGCGGAAGUUUCGAUUUCUCUCAAUGUGGAUCAGGUAAGCCGCCGCCGAUGGAGGAAUCUCCGACGAAAAUGGCCGGAGGAGGAGAACACCGACAAUGGGGAGGAGGAGGAGGAGGAGGAGAGAUCACACUCGAUGUUGAUCAAGAGAACGAGGACGUGAGUCACCACACGCAGCCAACGCCUACAUCAACGGCUCGAACAUCACUCGACGUAUCGAGAGAAAUGCGAGUCUCCUUCAACGUUCGACGAGCCUGUACAAACUUAACCGGUUCGGUUCCUUCUUCUUCCACUACUCCUUCCUCUUCUUCCUCUUCGUCCGCGACAUUGCGGACGAAUCAGGAGACGCAGCAGGAGCAAGACGAGGUGGUGAGAUGCACAUCGAACAUGUCGUUUCAGAGGAAAUCAGAGCUUGUUUCGAGAGUUAAGACGAGAUCAAGGCUUCAAGAUCCGCCACGAGAGGAGGACACGCCUUAUUCCGGUUGGAGAUCGGGUCAGUUGAAAUCCGGGUUGCUUGGUGAUAUCGAUGAAGAAGAUGAUCCAUUAGCAGAUGAAGAUGUGCCUGAUGAGUAUAAAAGAGGGAAACUUGACGCCAUAACAUUGCUCGAGUGGCUUAGUUUAGUCGCUAUCAUAGCUGCAUUGGCUUGUAGUUUAUCGAUUCCUUCUUGGAAGAAAGUUAGAGUUUGGAACCUUCAUCUAUGGAAAUGGGAAGUGUUCUUGCUUGUUCUUAUAUGUGGGAGGCUAGUUUCAGGAUGGGGAAUCAGAAUCGUUGUCUUCUUCAUCGAGAGGAACUUUCUUCUGCGAAAACGUGUUCUUUACUUUGUAUAUGGUGUGCGAAGAGCUGUACAGAACUGUCUCUGGCUCGGGAUGGUUCUUCUCGCUUGGCAUUUCUUGUUCGACAAGAAAGUACAAAGAGAGACAAAGAGCAAGUUUCUUCCUUACGUGACCAAGAUCUUGGUGUGUUUCUUGCUAAGCACAAUCUUGUGGCUAAUCAAGACGUUAGUGGUUAAAGUUCUUGCCUCUUCGUUCCACGUCAGUACUUACUUCGAUAGGAUUCAAGAAGCUCUGUUUAAUCAGUACGUGAUCGAGACGUUAUCUGGUCCUCCAAUGAUCGAGAUGAGCAGGAUUGAGGAAGAGGAAGAGCGAGCGCAAGAAGAGAUAUUCAAGAUGCAGAACGCAGGUGCUAAUCUACCGCCGGAUCUUUGCGCGGCCGCGUUUCCACCGGGAAAAUCCGGGAGAGUGCUGAAUCCUAAGCUCUCUCCGAUCAUACCCAAAACAUCAACUGAUAAUGCAGGAAUCAGCAUGGAGCAUCUUCACAGGAUGAAUCACAAGAACGUUUCAGCUUGGAACAUGAAGAGGCUUAUGAAGAUUGUGAGACAUGUCUCGCUUACCACAUUGGACGAGCAGAUGCUUGAAACCACAUACGAAGAUGAAUCAACCCGUCAGAUACGUAGCGAGAAAGAAGCUAAAGCAGCUGCAAGGAAGAUUUUCAAGAACGUGGCUCAACGUGGGGCAAAGCACAUAUACUUGGAGGAUUUGAUGAGAUUCUUGCGGGAAGACGAGGCGAUAAAGACAAUGGGGCUAUUCGAAGGUGCACCAGAGAACAGAAGGAUUAGCAAAUCAGCUUUGAAGAAUUGGCUGAGAGCGAAGAGCUCUUGCACUGACACUCAACGACACCAAGACAGCUGUGAACAAGCUACAUCACAUGAUCAAUAUCGUCACUGCCAUUGUCAUUGUAGUCAUAUGGCUUGUCCUUCUCGAGAUUGCUUCCUCUAAGGUACUUCUCUUUGUAAGCUCACAAGUUGUACUCUUGGCCUUCAUCUUUGGGAACACAGU